GAUUUGAUUUUUGGUGGCGUCACCUGAACUCAACUGAUACUUGUGGUUUGAAGUUGAUGGCAGGUAUACAGAAUUUACUUUGCACUGUGGUUUGAGGUAUCUCAUCAAGAAAAAAAUAAUAAAUAAAUAGAAAGAAGAAAAACCUUCUCUGUCGAACACUGUUUGGGAACCUAGUGGAAAAUAUAAAAUAAAUGAUUACAAAAAUGUGUUUCGAUUAAGGGAGUGUGGAUAUCUGAUGAACAUGAUUUUUUGUAGGGAUAAAGUACUCGACGAGUUCUACACAUUGAACGGUUCGGAUUAUUGAAACGGGACCGGGGGUAAGCCCCAUGGUCCAACAGUAUUCCUUAAAUAAAUGAGUUUAUUUCAUUUUUCUUUAUUCGUGUCUUCUUUAUUUGUAGUCCAAACAACAGAUUUGAAAUAAGAUAUAUAUAUAUAUUUUUUUUUUGUGGCUAAUUCUCAAAUCACUCAAUCCAAACAGGUAAGGUACAACUCACACUAAAAGCAAGUUUCAAGCCAGGAAUCAGAAUUUUAAACAUAGAAGUAUUAAUGGAUUCCUUGCUUUCACAGGCCAUUUGGACUAUAAAGCCAUUCCAUUCUUUUUUCUUUUCUUUUCUUUUUUUUUAAUCUUUGGCUUUCACUAUAUAUGUUUUGUGGUUCAACUUACCAAUUUCCAUAUUUGCAAAAUGGGGAUGGCCAUGAGCUUCAUGGGAGUAGGGUUGCCAUCAACACAGAUGUUUAAUUACGCAAUGGGAACUGUUUACGAUCAACUCAUGGAGAAAGAAAUCAACGACUUCGAGGACUUCCACAAGUCUCUUCUUGAUCUUUUCUCCAAAAACAAACAGGCAUGUUUUACAAAAUGGAAAGGAGUAGCCGAUGAGAAAGAAAGGAAGAAGGUUUUCAUAGAAUUCAUGAGGAAGGAAGUGAAGAUUUGCAAGUUAGAUAACACUACCUUGAUUGUCGGACUAGUAAUGCCUCCGGCAGCCAUGGGAGUGAAGAGGGCAGGCGAGAGUGUGCCGCAGCUGAGUUUGAUAAAGACCAUCCCCGACGUCGUGUUCGUGCCCUCUAUCACUGUAUUGGCCCUGGUCUCUGCUAAGCUCUCCAGAAGGAUCUUCUCAGGGAAUGCUGCUUCCUGAGUUUACCGAGUCCCUCUCAACCCAUUCACACGAUACAGAGUCCAGAAGUUUGAUGAAUGUUAUGUAGUUAUAUGGAUCAACGUGAUUACAUUGUAAAACAAAUGUACUAACAGAGUUGUUUCUAGUGGAGCAUCCAUAACUCAAAAAGUCAUACACAAAUAAAAGAAGAAUGCCAUAAUCAUCCAAUUUCCAAUGCUGCUUAACAGGAUAGGAUUGGAAAACAAAAUAAAAUAAAAUAAAAACUGUUUUCUUUUCCUGUA